GGUCCCAGGGGAUGGGGUAGCUGAUCCCUUGUGGGGCUUUCUCGGCUGGCCCAGCGCUUCCUGGGGCAAAGUCCCCGGGGCGAGGCCAGGGGCAGGGUGUGCCCGGAGAGUCGCUCUGUUGGGGAGCCCAGUGGGGAGCGUCCCGGCCGAUAUAGGGGGAGAGUGACUGGGCUCAGCAUGGCCGUGCCUGUCCCCCUCCCCCUCCCUCUCCUCCUGCUGGGGGUCUUUGCCGUCCCAGGGGGCUGUUCCUACCCAAGCCCGCACUCGCUGCGCUAUUUCUACACGGCGGUGUCGGAGCCCGGCCCGGGGCUGCCCCAGUUCACCGUGGUCGGGUACCUGGACGACCAGCUCUUCUUCCAUUUCGACAGCGAGGUGAAGCAGGCCCAGCCUCGCGCCCCCUGGAUCCAGGCCGAGGGGCCCGAGUACUGGGACCGGCAGACCUGGAUCGCCAAGGGCUGGCAGGAGGCCUUCAACGGCAACGUCCGCAUCGCCAUGGAGCGCUACAACCAGAGCGGGGGCCUGCACGCCUUCCAGUACAUGUACGGCUGUGAGCUGCGGGCGGACGGCGGCACGGGGGGCUUCCGGCAGUACGGCUACAACGGGCGGGAUUUCCUCUCCUACGACACCCUCACCCACGCCUGGGUGGCGCCCAGCAAGGAGGCCGAGAUCACCAAGGGGAAGAUGGAGGCCGACAGGCACCUGAGCCAGCAGCAGCGGGACUAUCUGGAGAAGAAAUGCGUCGAGUGGCUGCAGAAAUACCUGAGCUACGGGAACGAGACGCUGCAGAGGAGAGAGCGCCCGGCCGUGCGGGUCACCGGCAGAGAUGCCCCUGGCGGCCCCACCACCCUCUCCUGCCGGGCCCACGGCUUCUACCCCCGGGACAUUGCCGUGACCUGGCUGCGAAAGGGGGAGAGCAGAGAGCAGGAGACAUGGCGAGGGGGGGUCCUGCCCAACGGGGACGGGACCUACCACGCCUGGGCCACGGUGGAGAUCGACCCCCAGGAGAGAGGCCUGUACCGCUGCCGUGUGGAGCACGAGAGCCUGGCCAAGCCGCUCGACACUGCGUGGGAGCCCCCGUCCCGCUCUGCCCCGCUCCCUGCGCUGAUUGGGGCCGUCGCUGGCGCUGCCCUGCUCGCUGGGACAGUUGGGUUUGUUCUCUGGAGGAGGCGGCGCUCAGGGAAAACCGGAGCCAUCGACACUCCAGCUCAG